AUGUCUUUGACAAUACGAUAUGUGGAUGUUUCUUCAAAUUAUGUUAGUAUUGAAGAACCUUUUUUAGGAUUCUUUAAUGUGAAUGAUACAACUGGUCAAGGGUUUUUUGAUGUUUUACAAGAUGAAUUGAAAAUUCUUGAUCUUGACAUAUUUGAUGUGCGGGGACAAGGUUAUGAUAAUGGGUCAAAUAUGAAAGAAAAACAUCAUGGUGCACAAAAGAAAUUUUUAGACAUAAAUCCAAUAGCCUUGUAUACUCCUUGUGCUUGUCAUAGUCUUAAUUUGACAUUGUGUGAUAUGGCUAACUCUUGUCCUAAAGCUAAAGAUUUUUUUGGAGUUGUUCAAUGCAUUUAUACUAUUUGUGCUAAUUCUACUAAGAGAUGGGAAAUUUUGAAAGAUUUUAGAGAAGCUUUACUUGAAGUGUCAGAAAAGGAUCUUGAUUCUAAAAUUCGAAGUGAAACUAAAUCCUUAUCAACAAAUGAACUUGGUGAUUUUGAUAUAUCCUCAAAGACGUAUAAUUUGAAGAAAAAACAGUUUGAUGAGAAUUUGAAUACUCCACCAAUUGAGCUAUCUGAAGAGGAUUUUUUUAGAGUUAAUUAUUUUCUUUAUCUUGUUGAUCAAGCUAUUGUAUCUCUUAAUAAGAGAUUUGAGCAAUAUCAACGAUAUGAAAGUGUUUUUGCUUUCUUAUUUACUUCUCAAAAAUUAUUAAGAGAUAUAUUGCAUGUAGUACAUAUUGGACCUAUUGAUAUAUUAAGAUUUUUGAAAGACAUGAAUUUUUUUCCUAAUACACUCAUUGCAUAUAGAAUUUUAUUGACUAUUCGUGUGACAGUUGCCUCGACAGAAAGAAAUUUUUCAAAAUUGAAGUUGUUGAAGUCUUUCUUCCAGUCUACGGUGUUACAAGAAAGAUUUAAUGGAUUAGCAUUGAUAGCAAUUGAGAAUGAUUUGUUGGAGAAUAUACCGUAUGAAGACUUGAUUGAAGAAUUUGCUUCGAAAAAUGCUAGAAGAGAGACUUCUUUUUAA